GAAACACUUUCUGAUUUCAAGCCAUCGUUUAUGCGGUACUAAAAGAGCAAUUCUCAUUAUAUAUAAAGCAUACUGUUUUCUCCUAUUCAUCCACCGUAUUCUAUGUCUUGUCUUUGCCCAGCGCUGCCCAAAGUACAUUUUUAUUUUUAUUGAGUAUGUCCUAGGUAGAGAGGCUAUCCGUGCGUCAAGGAAAAUGGGAUCAUCAUGCGAUUGGGGAACAAGGCUCUUCAGUAAACCACACGCAAAGGCAGCACAUCUGAGGGACUGCGAGAUGUCGGAGAGAUCAGUCGCACUACGGACAUGCUUCACAUACAGCGAGCAGAAUGAUUUUAUAUGAUGAAUAUGGAGUUUUUGCGAUCUGCUACGUUUCGAUUACUUGCGUGCGCCUUGAUCACCUACGCACUGGUUAUAGGGAUAGAUGGUCUUUCUACCCUGAAGGCAAGGUCAGCGGUACCAACAACAAACCAGUGUACCCCCAACCCCUGUUAUAACCGGGCCAUCUGCCGUAGCCGUGAUGAUGGCUACUUGUGUUUCUGCGUGCCUGGAUUCCAGGGUGAGCACUGCCAGAUCGAGGUGAACGAGUGUGUGUCACAGCCCUGCAGGAAUGGAGCCACCUGCAUGGACAAAGUUAGUGGCUACACUUGCCUCUGCAACUCAGGGUUCACAGGAUCCACCUGUGAGAUCCAGAUUGACGAGUGUCAAUCACAGCCCUGCCUCAACAGUGGGAGUUGUCAUGACUACAUCAACCAUUUCUCAUGCAACUGCAUGCCUGGUUUCCAGGGAGAUCGCUGUGAAAUCAAUGUAGAUGAGUGUCAAGACCAGCCAUGCCUAAAUGGGGCUCUGUGUAUUGAUGGGGUAAAUGGGUACAGCUGUGACUGCUCUUUGACUGCUUUCACUGGCCAACACUGCGAAACCCCUUCGCCGCAGUGCACAUCCCAACCCUGCCUCAACAGUGCCACCUGUCUGGAGGAUUAUGGGAACUACAAAUGUGACUGCUUGCCAGGGUUCAAGGGUCGGCAGUGUGAGGUGGAUGUGAGUGAGUGCAGCAGCAGUCCCUGUAUGUACGGGGGCGCAUGCAUAGAACUGUCCUGGCAGAGUCUGUAUGGUUCAGAGCCUCUGCUUCCAGACCACUACGACCCUCAGCAUGCCACAGGCUUCAUCUGUCACUGCAAUUCAGGAACCACAGGUACCCUUUGCGAAGAGAUAGUGGAAGCAUGUGACCCUAACCCUUGUGAGAAUGGGGGUCAGUGUGAGAGCAUUGUGGGGGGCUAUGUGUGCCACUGCUCCCAGCAGAGCCAAGAUGAGUUCCUGUAUGUGGGCCAGAAUUGCAGCGAGGCCUUGCUGGGCUGCGAAGGCCAUAAGUGUCAGAACAAGGGCUCCUGCUCUCCAUUCUUGAUUGACGGGUAUCAUGGCUACUCUUGCCUCUGUACCCCAGGGCACACUGGGCCUCUCUGCCAGACCUCCACAGCCUUCUCCUUUGAGCAAAGAGGCUACCUGCUGCUACAGAGCCCCACAGUGGCCACAGAGGCUCACUGCAACAUCACCCUGAGCUUCCGGACAGUGCUUCCCCGGGCCAUGCUCUUCCAGCGGAUAAGUGGAGGGAUCGUCCUGGUUCUGGAGCUGCUUGACGGGCAGCUAAGACUCAACAUGUGGAGAGAGGCUUCAGGUGGAGGUGGGGCCAAAAGAGAGUCCUUGCAGCUUAGCCAGACAUUGGAGCUCCCUGUUAACGUGACAGACGGGGAGUGGUACUCUGUGGAGGCCCUGUUGGGCGAUGGCCUACUCAGCCUCAGGCUCCUGGAUGGUGGGAUCUGUUGGGAACAGGAAUGUCAGAGGAAAGCCCUGGUCGAAGGCACCUUGCCUGGGGCAGAAACUCAGGAGUCUCCCGUCCAGACCACCUCCAUCGGCGGAGUGGUGGAGGCAGAUGGGGUCACGAACCAGGCCUUCAUCGGCUGUCUGCGGGACGUGUUUGUGGACUCCCGGCUCGUGGAUCCAGGGUUGUGGCUGAGCGACUUGGCAGUGAAUGUCACUCCAGGCUGCAACCACAGAGACAGAUGCCAAGACAGACCGUGUCAGAACAGAGGGCAGUGCAUCAACCAAUGGCAGAGUUACCAGUGCCGUUGCCCCAGGCCAUACGAUGGUCCGGACUGCACAGAGGAGUAUGUUUCGGGCCGCUUUGGCAAUGAGGACUCUCAGAGCUAUGCUGUCUUCACCAUCACAGAUGACCCAGGAAGUGACAUCACGAUCUCUUUUUUCCUACGCACACGCCGCCACACUGGCAUCUUGCUGGUGAUCGCCAACAGCACCAGCCAAUACCUACGCCUGUGGCUAGAUGAGGGGCGAAUCAAAGUUCAGCUUCAUAACUUUGAGACCUUGACUAGUGAAAGAGUGGUUAACAAUGGUGAAAUCCACUUUGUGAGUGUGGUGGUGGACCAUGAGCAUAUGGACCUCUACGUGGCCAACCGGAAGCAGGGCAGGGCGGAGGUCAGGAUGAUUGACAGUCAGAUGGGGGAUGUGGUGUAUGUGGGGGGUCUCGCGGAGUUAAAGGCAUCCUCCGCGUUUGGGGGCUAUUUUAAAGGUUGUAUCCAGGACCUGAGGAUCAACGCUGAGAGACUGCAAUUCUUCAUGCUGGACGCCAGGGUGACGUCAUAUCCUCUGGAGCUCAUGGCUAAUGUCACGGCGGGCUGCACUGGUGACGACUCCUGCAUUAGCAACCCAUGUCAGAACGGGGGUAUGUGUUACUCUGUCUGGGAUGACUUCACCUGCACCUGUCCCCCCAACACGGCAGGGCGUCGUUGUGAGGAGGUCAAGUGGUGUGAGCUGUCCCCCUGCCCUACAGAGGCAGAGUGCCACACUCUCAUCCAAGGAUAUGAAUGCUUUGCCAACGCUACCUUCCUUGACAACAGCAGUGUGCUGUCUUACCGUGGUAACGGUCAUAUCCGACGUAGUCUGACCAGCAUCUCCCUCGCCGUGCGCACCCGCAAACGCCACACCUCCCUCCUGCAUGCAGAGCGCGGGCUGGAGUUUGUGACGGUGUCUGUGCAAGAUGGCCUUCUCGUUCUGGAGCUCCAGAGCAGGGCGGCGGAGGGGGAGGGCUCGUCCACAGUCUCCCUGAGCAGCCGGAGGCUGGUCAGCGAUGGGGUGUGGCACAAGGUCCACCUCUUCAUGGUCACUCCCUGGGCAGAGGUGUCACGCUGGACUCUGGUGCUGGAUGAGGACACAGAGGAUGCUAGGACUUCUGGCAACGAAGGGGGCAACUUGGACUUCCUAAGGGAGGAGGUGGACAUCCUGCUGGGGGGGCUGGGACCCAAGGAUGGCUGGAGCCUGGUGGGGUGCAUGAGCACUGUGGAGGUUGGUGGCAUUGCCCUGCCCUACUACAGCCCUUCAGAGGUCAAACUGCCCCGGACACAGGAAGAGCAGUUCCUGCUGAUGUCAUCCAGCGAGCCCCGGAGCGGUUGCAGUGGAGGUACUGUGUGUGAACCCAACCCGUGUCUGAACGGAGCCAGCUGCCAGGACAAAUGGAACCUGUUCAGCUGUAGCUGCGAGGAGGGUUGGACUGGACGUCGCUGUGAGGUCAACGCAAACAUGUGCACCUCUAACCCUUGUGUCCAUGGCAACUGUAGCAUUCAGGGACCAGCGUAUGAGUGUGCUUGUGAGUUCGGCUACACUGGGGUGGACUGUGAGGAAGUGGUGGAUGUGUGUGAGAACCAUCUGUGUGCUCACGGUGCCACAUGUCUACAUGGAGUGGGCAGGUACGCGUGUCUGUGUACAGAGAACUACACAGGACCUUACUGCAGUGAUCGCAUUGAGGAAAUUCCAUGGUACUUAGUAGUCAACAGGAAAAUUAAGACCAAGCUGCCAGUGUCCAUAUGUGGAGACGAAAAUAGAAACUACACCUGUUUCAACGCGGGGAACUGCACUGAGAGAGACCUAUCCUGUGACUGUCUAUCUGGCUUCACAGGACACCGCUGUGAGCAGGAGGUGGAUGAGUGCAAGUCCAACCCCUGCCUGAAUGGGGGCUACUGCCGAAACCUCAUUAACAAGUACCAAUGUGUGUGUGAAAUGAGCUUCGCUGGGGACAAUUGCCAGAUCGAUUUGACUUCUGAGGGUCAAAUCUCUAACCUGUUGCUGUCGGUCAGUCUAGUGUCUGUGUUGCUGCUGCUAGUUUUGGUCAGUACCUCUGUGGGCCUUCUUAUGGCGCUGAACCGAAGAGCCACUCACGGCACCUAUAGUCCCAGCCGACAGGAGAAAGAGGGAUCCCGUGUAGAGAUGUGGGACAUAGCUCAGCCGCCACCUGUGGAGAGACUCAUAUAGAAGAUUAGACACUCCUUGGCCUGGGCCCAGUUCUAAAAUCACCCUCAACACAGUGGGGAGACCUUGAUCCCAUGUUCAGGGGAUAGAGAUCUCUCUUGUCCCAUCUUCGGAAGAAAAAAAAAAACUUGGGGUUUCUACUGUUUCUUUUGUACGCCUUUGCCUCAGCUUCCAUUAUAAAUAUCUUUAACUUAUAUUUGGCGUUAGAUUGGAGACACAUUUUGUGCAUGCACAAUUAUACAUCAUUGAAAGAGCAGAGAACUUGAAAAACUUGACUGGCAAGCAGAGAACCAAAUAAACUAAAUUGAGUUUUAUUCAAAGAAUAAAUUAACGUUUAUAAUGUUUAUUUUUGUCAUAUGUUCCCAUUUUU